GCAGUUUUUAUUGUUUUGAUCACGUGUUUGGCCGCAUGUUAACUAAUAAGUAUUGUUGAAAAAACAAUUUGUUAAUAACAAUGCUGCGGGGGAAUACAUUGUUUACUUAUAUUCAUGCACGUGCUUAAUUUGUUUACUUAACGCAAAUUUUACAUGAUUUUAUUGUAGGUUAUAAUAAUUUGUCGUCCAAUUAUAAGAUAUUUUAGCAGGUAUACUGAUAUAAGUCUCAUGUUAUUUCCACUGCAAAAGCAAUUUGCGUGAAACAAUGGCCUCGAAUCAGAUUGAUAAGAUUCUCAACCUUUAUAAAAUUCUUUCGCAAAAUCCCACGUUAACCAAAGCUAGAAUAACAUCAUAUCCAAAAAAUGGAAUUACUAUUCAGAGUCACUGGUCUCAGAGGAAUUUGGAAAGAUGCUCAAAGCAAAAAUUUAUACAGGACUUCAGUCUUGAUUCAAAUUUAAAUCUUCUCACCAAAAGUUUUCCCGUUGAUGUCUCCAAUGAACUCCUAAGCACCUUUUCUGAGGAUGAACAAUAUAAAGCAAUUUUAAGGCAAGUUAAAGUAGACAACACUUCCAAACAAUUCAUCGAAAUUUGGGAUAGACAACAUUUAAUCAAAAAUUAUGAUCUAUCAGCAUAUGAUGCACAUGGAGAAAUUUACACUGAUGAUCAAUUCAGUUCAUUUCACUUUUCUCCGGAUAAAUCGAAAUUACUCUACAUUGCUGAGAGGAAAAAACCAAAAUGUGAACCAUUUUACAAACAAAAAAGCCAAGAAAAAAGGGAAAAAGAAAUUAAGGACGCGGAAGAAAUAUCAAGGGGAAAUGAAUAUAUUUUCAAACCACAUUGGGGUGAAAAGUUAGUUGGCAAGCACAAAUCAGUAAUUGUAAUUGUUGACAUAAAUGAGGACCUGAUAAAAAUUAAUCAAUAUAUUCCUGAAGAAUAUUUCGUUGGACAAGUAACUUGGACUCCGAAUGGCGAAGAUUUAGUUGGCGUAGCUUGGAAAUGCGAAACAAGAUAUUUAGGAUUAUAUGCCUGCACAAAUAGAACUAGUUGGAUAUUCUGCUUAAAAAAUUCUGAAUUCCAAAAAAUAUCAACCGAUGGAUGUGCUGUACGUGCUCCGCGAUUCAGUCCCGAUGGAAAAACUCUUGUGUGGUUGGAGCGAGAUUUGGGAGGUGCACAUCACUCAUGCCAUAGAUUAAUGCGGCUUAAAUGGGAAACAAAUGAGAAAGCCGAUGCACUUAUUAAUAUUGUUCCUAAUUUUGUAACGAUCGCUCAAGAUAAAAAAUUCUAUGGGCUUUAUAAUCAAAGUCUACCUCGUCGUUGUUUUAGCAAUGAUUCUCGAUAUAUUUUCUUAAGUUCUACUCAACGGUAUAACAUUAAAUCUUAUAUGGUUAAUAUUGAAACACAAAAUUUGAAUGAAAUUCAAAACGAUGACUCCAGUUUACUUGUUCUUGAUGUAAAACAAAAUAGACUUGUAUUGAUGAGAAUGUCUUCCAUUGAACCGCCUCGUUUAGUCGUGGGACGAUUCGAUCCUUCAGUUGAAGAUGCAGAACUUUCAAAUUUACAUUUACUGGAAAUUACAAAACCUGUAGCAAUGCCAGAAGGAAUAAAAAAUCUUAUAAUAGAACAUACAGAUUACAAAUAUAAUUCUGAAGAAGAAGUCAAUGAAUUUAAUUACACUUACUUUGGGAAAAAAAACAGUAAAGGUAAAACAGUGCCAUGGGUUCUUAAUCUUCAUGGUGGACCACACUCUUCUUUUUAUAAUAGUUUCUCAAUUGAGACUUGCAUUUUAGCCAUUUUGGGCUUCGGAAUUGUCCAUGUGAAUUACAGAGGAUCGACAGGAAUGGGUGAAAAAAAUCUUAAUUAUCUAUCAGGUAAAGUUGGUGAAGUAGACGUUUUGGAUUGCGUCACUGCCACUCACGAUGCCUUGAAAAAAUAUCCAUGGCUUGAUCCAAAUUAUAUUGGAUUGAAUGGAGGUUCUCAUGGAGGAUUCUUAGUUUCUCAUCUCAGCUCUCAAUAUCCCGAUCUCUACAGAGCAGUUGUUUCAUUUAAUCCCGUGAUUGACAUUGCAUCUAUGUAUACCACAUCUGACAUCCCCGAUUGGUGUGCAGCUGUAAGUGGAACUCCCUUCAUUGAAACUUUACUUCCAACAACAAUGGAAAUAAAAUCUUCUGAAAUAUACCUAAAGAUGUUCAAUCAUUCACCAAUCGUUCAUGUGAACAAAGUCAAAGCACCCACUCUACUUCUUCUAGGCAGUAAUGAUUUGCGAGUACCAUUUUCCCAAGGAAAACUUUGGUAUAAUAGAUUAAAAGCCAAUGAUGUAAAAACAAGAAUGCAUAUUUAUGAGGAUAAUCACUCAUUAGCAAGUGAUUCAGCAGAAAUAGAUAGUAUAAUUAACGGUAUACUUUGGUUGAUGGAACACAAUUCUAAGUUUAUCCCAUCAGAGGAGAAAGUAUUACAGUAAUCCAGACUGGUCCUGAUGAAGAGAAGAGAGAGGAAAAGGCUAAACAGACGCCAGUGAAAAAUUAAGAAGAAAAAGUUGAUACUUCUCAAUUCUCGAAAAAAUUAUUCUAUAUACUUAUAUUUCCUACUUUUAUAUUUUAAAAUAAUUAAAGUAAGAAUCUAUUUUCGUCAUUGGAAUUUAUUGCACACCAAGAAAUAUUUUUUGAGCUUAAUGAGUAAAAAAUAAAAAUAUUUUAUUACUAACAAA